AUGGCCUGCGGCAGUAUCACAAGCUGGCCUGAAAUGUACCAGAAGAUCUUCACACACCUGAAACCCGGUUCUGGGUGGAUAGAACAUGUCGAAAUUGACCUGGAGCCCCGCUGCGACGACGGCACCCUCUCCCCGGACAGCCACCUCACCCAGUGGUACAACUACCUUGCGGAUGCUACAGCUCGCGUUGACCGCCCUGUUGCGUAUGACCACCGCACUCGCCAGCUCCUGCAAGCAGCCGGCUUCAUCGACAUCCAAGAGACCAUCAUUCGUGCGCCAUAUAACUCGUGGCCCGCUGACCCCCACCAAAGGGAUAUUGGUAGGUGGUACAAUUUGGGCUUAACCGAGGGCCUGGAAGCUCUGAGUGCUGCGCCGUUCACACGCUUGAACCGGUGGAAUAUGAACGAGCACGUCAAGCCGCUUGUCGAAGCCGUGCGCCGCGAAGUCACAGCGCUGAUCCCUUGCUCGAUAGCCACAUCUGGACUGCCCGCCGACCAGGACAAUGAUGGCAGCCAGACCAUGGAUUCCUCGCCCGUUAGCGACAUCACUCAUCCUACCGGUGCGGUCUGCAUUGUGCGCUUCUGCUCGGCACCUGUCCUACUCGGCCCGCUUCGGUCUCGGGCAUUCCGCGGCACCCAUAUAUCGUACUACGCCCGUCCUCGGGACCUUGUUGACGUUGUUGUACCUCCAAUAGCAACUAACGCUGUACGGCUCUAUGCGCUCAACUCCUAUCACAUUACGGCGGUCCUUGGCGCGGACAAAGGGCACGCUUACGCCUAA